AUGGUCAUCGCCCGGCCGGCGGCCUUGUUCGACCCUUACGCCGCCAUUGCCGCUCUCGAGGAGGUAGUGAACGUUACGAGAGACAAGAAAGACGACAGGGCCACCCGUUUUCAGAUAGUUCUGAGACAGUGCCGCCCAUUGGUUAACAGUCCAAACCUACAACAGAUUCUUAUUAAGCUAGUGGCAACGAAGGAGGAAGCCGCGGUGGCUAAGGUUAUAGCCAAAGCGACAAAGUAGCCUGCCUCAGCCUACCACGGGUCGUUCAGGGGACGGACGCGUGGAAGCCCGUAUUCAAGGCGUGGGACUUUCCUCAUAAGGCCUCCAACCGCUCCUCGUUGUUGGCUGUGUGGAAAGAUGGGCCACAUCUCCCGUUUUUGCCGAGAGAGGCGCUGAUCCUGAUUUUCACGUUUGUUCUGAUAUUCUUUUUCUGGAAGUUAUUUGAUAAUGUUUCAUUGAUAAUAAAGCGUUCGAGUUUGUACUUAAUACGUUGUCUACGUUUCUGUUAGUAUUUUCCUACGAAUCUGUUGUCUCAAGGUUAGAGAGGUGACCCCACUAGCGUUUUGCUUAUAGGCAUGCCCUUGGGCCCGAUUACUCGGGCUACGGUGGUCAUUCUCUCUGAACUCGGAUGCAAUUUUUCUGGGCGCGGGUUACUUUCCCCUUCUGAUCGUUCGUUUCGAUGAUUUCUUUUAGCCUACGGUGAAGCGUCUAAGGGGAGAGGUAUUAGAGUUUGCGCCCUUGGAAGCGGAGAAGAGGGCUGAACAUAGAGAAAUACGCUGGAUAUCCUUGGAUGGAGACCCAAGUUCAGAGAGAAUAACUAACAGUAAAAAGUGCCUGUCGGAUAUUUGUAGCAUUGUUCGGGGUGAAACACCCGUUUCGAUGUGUGAUUUGUCUUUUCGUGAUCCUGAUUCUUUUAAGUCUGGUGAACUCCGUACAUGCAUUGACCUCUGGAAGGAUAUUUUGGAGGGUUAUGACCAGGCGGAAAAUGUCCUUGAGUGGAUAGGAAAGGGUGUAAAUAUCAGGGAAUUUAUGAGGCCGUUUCGGGGGUCCUUUAUGGGUGUCAACUAUGAUAGCACCGAUCCCCCAUCGAGGGCCUUCAAAAACCACCACUCUUGUAAACAGUUUUCGCAGUUUGUUACGGAGAUACUUUUACAGCGCAUCGAGACUGGGGCAAUCCGUGUCUAG